AAAAUCAAAAGUAAAAAAGUGCUGCUGAUAUUAAGUUAUAAAGCAACCCAACAGCAUCAUAUCCUUUAUAAUUUAACACCCAAAAGUAACCAAAAUCUUCCUAAAGAAGCAGCAAAAGUUGAAGCAAAAUUCAUAAACAAUUUAAAUCAGAUUCUUUCAACCAGUGCACUCUGAACAUCUCCUUAAAGGAAGCUCCUCAUCCACUGAAAAUUAUUUACCCAUUUCCCUCAAAGUCCAAGCAAGGUAUCAUAUCUGCUCACUCCCUCUCAGCUAUGGCUCAUCACUUCACCAUUUUAACUAUUUCUCAUGCAUUGCUCUUACUAUUUCCACUUGCUUUAAGCUAUGGUCAUUCCAAUGCCUGUCGAUCCUACUGUGGAAACCUAACCAUUGAUCAUCCCUUCGCAUUGAGAUCCGGCUGUGGUCAUCCUGGAUUCCGAGAUCUUCUGUUCUGCAUCAAUGAUGUACUAAUGUUCCACAUUAGUUCUGGAUCGUAUCGCGUACUAGACAUCGACUAUGCUUAUCAUUCGGUCACCUUACAUGACCCUCACAUGUCAACUUGUGACACCAUUGAGCUUGGUAGUCAUGGAAAUGGAUUUGCAGUUGAGAAAUGGCGAGCCCCCUACUUAAAUCCAACAGCUGACAAUGUGUUCUUGCUACUUGGAUGCUCAGCUCAGUCCUCACUGUUCCAGGGCUUCCCCGGGAAGCACUUGCCUUGUAGAAACGUCUCGGGUAUGGGCUGCGAGGAGUACUACAGGUGCCCUGCCUGGAGCCAGAUUGGCCUUAACCGCGUGGGCGCUACGUAUGGCACAGGGCCACCAGAGUGUUGUGCAGUGCAGUUUGAAUCAAUCAAGGCUGUGAAUCUCAGCAGGCUUGAUUGCCAGGGGUACAGUAGUGCCUACAAUCUUGCGCCGCUCAGGGUUGAUGGUCCGGGUCAGUGGUCGUAUGGGAUACGGGUCAGGUAUUCGGUGCAAGCCAAUAGUGAUUCAUAUUGUAAAGCCUGUGAGUCUACUGGUGGAUCUUGUGGGUAUGAUCUUGAUGGAUUUAAUGAGUUAUGCAUGUGUGGAACCUGGAAUUCUACCUCUAAUUGUGAUACGGUCGCAUCUGCAGAGAAGUCGUCAUCUAGUCGAGAAAUGUCCUCUUUGGUGUCUGCAUUAGCAGGAUGCUUAGUUCUCAUCGCGGUUUUGAUGUCGACAGAAGUGAGGAAUUCCGAGAUCUGAAGGAGACAAUAGACAUCGAGCAAUUUUCAUACGUUCAUAUGUGCAGAUAGAAAUGAAACAGUUGAGAUUGUCAUUUGAUUAUUUAACGUUUUUGAGCAAUGAGAAUCAUAUAUUGUGAAAUUUUAGCUAAUAAAAAUAAAAUUCUGUAGAA